UGUGGGCCGACAGCGCGGGCGCGGGACAGCUCCAGGCCAGGGUGCUGCGUUUCUCGUUCCUUCCUCGCUGCCACCCUUUACCCCACUCUGCUUCUAGAUUACGGAGCCGAAAACGAACCGCCUCGCCAUGAAUCCCCCUUGCCACGCCGGCCGCAGUUACGGCUGAAGGCAGGAGAGGGGAAGCAAUGAGGUGCCGAGGGCGGAGACGGCAGCGACGCAGGCUGAACAGGAAGAGGCGGGGCUCCCGCCUGGCGCACGGAGGCCCCGCCUUCUUACGUCACUUCCGUAAACAAAGGCAGCUGCGGAGGCGCGGGUCCCGGGAUGUGAUUUGGGCCCUCGCUGCAGCAGCGGCGGUGGCUUCCGAGGCUCCCAGGUCUUUGCACGUUGACGGAGGGGACCCCCAUCCCCUUCUUCCUCGGGUCCUAAGAAGCUGGCCUUGGUGCAAUAAGGAACUUAAAACUAUGGAGGAACGGAAAGCAAAGAGGAGGAGUCCUAAGUCUUUUAGUGCCCACUCUUCUCAAGUUGUUAAUGCCAAAAAAAAUGCCAUUCCAGUUAGUAAAAGCACAGGGUUUUCAAAUCCUGCAUCACAGUCAACUUCACAGCGGCCAAAGUUAAAAAGAGUAAUGAAAGAGAAGACCAAACCUCAGGCUGGAGAAGGAAAAGGUGCUCAAUCAACUCCGAUUCAGCAUUCCUUCCUCACUGAUGUCUCAGACGUUCAGGAGAUGGAGAGGGGGCUCCUAAGUCUGCUGAACGACUUCCACUCUGGAAAACUUCAGGCAUUUGGAAAUGAAUGUUCCAUUGAACAGAUGGAACAUGUUCGGGGAAUGCAGGAGAAACUAGCUCGCUUGAAUUUGGAGCUCUAUGGGGAGUUAGAGGAACUUCCUGAGGAUAAAAGAAAGACAGCUAGUGACUCCAAUCUGGAUAGGCUUCUGUCUGAUUUAGAAGAGUUGAAUUCUUCCAUACAAAAACUCCACUUGGCAGAUACACAAGACGUUCCCAAUACUUCUUCCAGCUAACGUGAAAUGCAGUUUGCUUUCUUGUUAUUUGAAGAGAAGCAGCCUUCUUUACUUUCCCAGCUGAAUCCAAUAGCAGAAUCAUCUUCCACACAAGGAAUUAAAGUAAUUAAAGUCCAAGUGCAAUGAU